GCCAUGGUGGGGAGAAACACAAAACAGAAGAAAGAAUGGAAGUGGGGUCAAGUCUGCUCACGUGUAACGGUGGUAAGAUAAAAUCGCGGGAUUGGAGGCGGAGGGCACGGCCGAUUGUUUGCACUUGCAGCCACCAACCCAUCUGACUCACUCGACUCUUCUGUUUUGCUCACCCUUAGCUUAAGAUAACCAUGAGGCCAAAUUUUAGUCGCCCUAAUCUCAACUUUGCUAAUUUCUCCAAUUUCUGAGUCUAUCCCUCAAUUUCUCGUAACAAACCAACCACAUGAUUACCAUUUCCCUCCACCGUCUCUAUUUCUGUCACAUCCAGCAGGAGGAGGAGGAGAAAUUGAAAAAGGUGGAGAGGUUGAUUUACAAAAGACAAGAGGAUGCGAGGCCUCCCGAGUCCCUCCAUCCUUCCUUCCCUCCUUAGUUGUUCAUCUUCUUCUGGCCAGUGGCCACAGCCCACCUCAUUCAAUCAGUCAAUUUUCAAAUGUCGCUCUGCGUUGCUCUCAUUGCCCUCCCUCCCUCCCCCCUAACCUUCUCCCUUAUUUCUUUCUUUAUAAAUUGAACCACUAACCAAAUUACUUCUCCAACCUCAUUAAUUAAUUAACUUCCCCCAAAUUCAAAACCAAAAAACCAAAAAACCAAAACCAAACCCAAAACCCAAACCCAAACCCAAACCCAAACUCAGGGAGAGAGACUACUUAGUCAGUCUCCCAAUCCAACUCCUACAGUGAGGACUCCCUCCCAACCCUCUCAGUCUCAGUCCACGUUUCCUCCGCUUGGGAUUCAUUGGGAUGGCUUUUUUGUAAACGCAAUGGUGGCCACUUCCAGAGGCUUCGCUUCUCCUCCUGAUUUCAAGCUCACCCGCCUCGGCCUCGCUUUCCAUCCAUAUCCCCAUCCCCAUCCUUCUACCGAUGCUAAUGCCGGCCGCAUGCGGGAUCUCAGGAAGCGCAGGAGGAGACUCUCCCUUCCCAGGGCCGACCCACCCGCAGUCACUCUAAUCACUUGCUGCUGCUCCGACCCCGUUGUUCCGAUUCUCUCCGGAAAGACCGUCGACAAGGCGGACGACCGGCGCUUCGAUUCCAAGAAAAGGGCUCACAGAGCUGCUGGAGUCCAAGCCUCCGCCGCAUUACCCUUCUUCGCUUCGUCUUCCUCUUCUUCUCCUGCUCAAUCUCGCUUCCUGUCCAAACAAGAGAAACACUACCCUCGCUGUACCCCAAGAAACUCCGGUCCACAAUCUCGUGACAGUCCUCCGAAAAGAGAUACUGGCAUUGCCAAUGAGAAGGAGUGGGGCAUCAGCUUGUUAAACGAAAAUGUAAACGAGUCUGGUACCAAUGAAGAUGGCAGCACUUGGUAUCGCGAAAGUGGCGAGGACCUUGGCAACAAUGGCUACAGAUGUAGGUGGACAAGGAUGGGUGGUACCUCCCACGACGCUUCUUCACAAUGGAAAGAAACUUGGUGGGAGAAAAGUGACUGGACCGGAUACAAAGAGCUAGGUGUGGAGAAAUCUGGUAGAAAUGCUGAAGGGGAUUCGUGGUGGGAAACUUGGCAAGAAGUUCUUCAUCAAGAUGAAUGGAGUAAUGUAGCAAGAAUUGAGAGAAGUGCACAGAAACAAGCAAAAUCAGGCACUGAAAAUGCUGGAUGGUAUGAGAAAUGGUGGGAGAAAUAUGAUGCUAAAGGCUGGACCGAGAAAGGAGCACACAAAUAUGGAAGACUUAAUGAGCAGUCCUGGUGGGAGAAGUGGGGAGAGCAUUAUGAUGGAAGGGGAUCUGUUCUCAAAUGGACUGAUAAAUGGGCUGAGACUGAACUUGGAACCAAAUGGGGAGACAAGUGGGAAGAGAAGUUCUUUGCUGGAAUAGGUUCGCGACAAGGGGAGACAUGGCAUGUAUCUCCAAGCGGUGAACGUUGGUCAAGGACAUGGGGAGAAGAGCACUUUGGAAAUGGUAAGGUGCACAAAUAUGGGAAAAGCACGACUGGGGAAAGCUGGGAUAUUGUUGUGGACGAGGAGACCUAUUACGAGGCUGAGCCGCAUUACGGAUGGGCAGAUGUUGUUGGUGACUCUAGCCAAUUGCUGUCAAUUAAACCUCGAGAAAGGCCACCUGGUGUCUACCCUGCCCUUGAUUUUGGAUCAUUGUCGCCUCCGGUUGAUGAACCGCCAGAUGAAUUUUCUCCACAAUGAAAGGUGACUAAACUUAGGUGGUCUAGUUUAGAAUGUGGAUCGAAUUCCAAUUAUAUUGGCUGAAACUCGUCUUUUGUAACGGACAUUUUAGUCUUCAUUUUAUUCAUUCUUUCAGUCGCCACUACGUUUAGUUUUUUUGUUUUGAGUUUUUAGUUAGGGUGAAUGCUGCUAUAUUUUUCGCAUUAUUUUUUUUUUUGGAG